CGAGAGCUCUGUUUCGAUGAACCUCCCUGCCCCCGCCUUCCCAUUUCUCCAUUUCCAUAACGCCUCCUUCCCUUCUCCCCGCCGCCGUUCGUCACACCUUCCUUCUCUUCUCUUCUCUUCUGCUUCUCUCCUUCUUCCCGACUCCACUUUCCGCGCCUGAGAUUGAUCGACUGAUUCCAGCCAUUUCUAUUUUUAGCUUUCUUGCUAUGUUUAUAUGUGCGAUGUUUCUCCUCCGUUGCUGUUGUUUAUAGUACCUGAACCGCCUCCUGGAAUUUGAAUUGUGAUCUCAAGGUAGCUGAUGAAAAUCUAGGGUUCCUCGUCCAUGGCGAACACUUUUCCGGACCAGCUCAUGAAUCGUCAUCGGCAACAGCAGCAUAUGAUGCUGAGUCCUGCAGAGCUAGAAAAUAUUCUGCGAGAAUCCAAACACCGGUGGCUACGACCUUCCGAGAUCAUGCAGAUAUUGAGCAACUACAACAUAUUCAAGUUGAGUGCAGAGCCGCCUCACUUGCCUCCAGCUGGUUCUCUCUUCCUUUUUGAUCGGAAAGCGCUUCGGUAUUUCCGCAGAGAUAACCACAACUGGAAGAAGAAGAAAGAUGGGAAGACAGUUCGAGAAGCGCACGAAAAGUUGAAGGUGUGCUGUUCAAUUUAUUAUUCGUUGGAAGUGUAGAUGUUCUCCAUUGUUACUAUGCCCAUGGGGAGGACAACGAGAAUUUUCAGCGACGAUGCUAUUGGAUGCUUGAUGAGAAAUUAGACCACAUUGUUCUUGUUCAUUACAGAGAAGUGAGAGAGGUGGGUUCAACGAGGCACGGUAUCCAUUUUUUUGUUUCUGCAUUUUCACCAAGGAUUUCAGAAUAUGUAAAAAGUCUGGUUAAUAAGCUGUGGGAACUUCCAUGGGGGAGAAAGAAAUGGUUAAUUGAAUGAGUUAAUCUGUAUUAUGUUUUUUGACGGUUUUAAAUUUCAUCAAAUGGCCACUUCCUUUAUAUCAUCUUAAUUUGGGUACUUUUUUCUUAUCUUUCUAUUGCUCACAUGAUCUCUGUAGAGAUACAAGUUCCGCGCAUCACCUGUUCUGGUAGAUCACGUUGAAAAUCUUGAACCCAGUUCUGUUGCCUCAUUCGCACAGCCAGCCUCACCCACUUCUGCCAUUGAGAAGGACUAUACAGUGCAUCAAAACAAAGCUGAUUGGAAAACACAAGCAUUAUCACAUGAUGCCUCUUUGUUUGCAUCUGAUACCAAAGGUUUUUGUUUCCCAUCAGGUAAUCCUCAUGCAUCACAAUCUAUUGGAGUUAAAUUUGAACAAGGCACUGGACCAUCUCCUUGGCUGGAAACUUGCAGCUCUAACAAAGGUGAAGCUAGUUUGCAAGGCCAGAGAACAGGUUUUCUGAAUUAUGAUAUGGCUGACUAUGCCAUUCUUAUGGCAUCAGCUGCACUAUCAGAUAGUAGACCUGCAGUUGCUACUAAAGAAGCUCCACAAUCUGCUAAUGAAAUCCAUCAUCAUUCUGAGCUUCAAAAGGUUAUCACUAGUACAAGCCAAGCUGAGAUAUGGAAAGAUGACACGGAUAAUAACGACUUCGGGAACCUUAAAAAGCUUGAUAGCUUUGGGAGGUGGAUGAAUAAAGAAAUGGGGCAGGACUGUGAUGAUUCUCUUAUUCUGUCUGACUCUGGAAAUUACUGGGAUACGCUUGCUGCAGAGAAUGAGGAGAGAGAAGUGUCUAGCUUGUCUCACCAUAUGCAAUUGGAUGUUGAUUCCUUGGGGCCUUCUCUUUCCCAGGUUCAGCUAUUUACCAUUCAGGACUUCACACCAGAAUGGGGUUACACUGGUGUGGAAACAAAGAUUCUAAUUGUUGGUACCUUUUUGGAGAAGCCCAAACCUGAUACCGAGACUAGAUGGGGCUGUAUGUUUGGUGAAAUUGAAGUCUCUGCUGAAGUUUUGAAUGGAACUGUCAUUAGAUGUCAUGCCCCUGUACAUGCUAAAGGAAAUGUGCCAUUUUAUGUCACUUGUCGUGACAGGUUAGCGUGCAGUGAGGUAAGGGAAUUUCAGUAUCGUGAAAAUCCAAUAAAAAUUUCUUCGCUCUCUGAAAGAAGUGUGCAACAGUUAGAAGUAUGUUUUCAAGUCCGUCUUGCUAAGUUGUUAUCACUCGGCAUAGAGAGGAAGUGGCUGAAUUGCUCAGUCGAGAGAUGUAAUGCUUGCAAGCUGAGGAGAACCAUAACUUCUGAUAGAAGUAAUAGCCAAAAAGAGCAGCAUUGGGGUAGUGAGAAAUGGAUGAUAACUGAAGGUGAACCGGUAGAUACUAGAGAUAGAUUGAUUCAAAGUUUGAUGACAGACAAACUUUGGGAGUGGCUGCUGUGUAAGGCUCAUGAAGGAGGUAAAGGUCCAGAUAUUUUAGAUGAUGAAGGCCAAGGGGUCCUCCACUUGGUUUCUGGCCUUGGUUAUUACUGGGCAGUAGGCCUUGUUGUUGAGGCUAGUGGCAAUCCUAAUUUCAGGGAUGCACAAGGAAUGACCGCUCUACAUUGGGCUUCAUACUUUGGCAGGGAAGAAACAGUCGUGGCUCUGGUUAGGCUGGGGGUUGAUCCAACAGCUGUUGAUGAUCCAACUCCAUCUUUUCCGGGAGGAAGAAGUGCUGCAGACAUUGCAUCAGGACAAGGCCACAAAGGAAUUGCAGGAUACUUGGCAGAAGCAUCUUUAUCUAGGCAACUCUGUUCACUAAGUAUGAAGCGAGACCUGAUGGAUAGUGAGGACGCCACAGCAGCUGCUGAAAAUGCAGGGAUGGCAGCCCAAGUUUCUGUUCCAAUGAACUUGGCAGCAGGUGAGCAGCUCUCCCUGAAACAAUCUCUGGCUGCUGUGAGGAAAUCAGCCCACGCAGCAGCUCUUAUUCAAGCAAUGUACAGGGAGAAAUCAUCACAGAAUAGAAGUUGUGAUAAUAAUGAUGAUGAUGAGCUUCAUGAGGUUUCACGUGAAUUGGCUGUUCUUGGUGUAUUGAAAAAUCAUCAGAAAAGGAAUCACAUUCACUUUGAAGAUUCCUUGCACUCUGCCGCUGUAAAGAUCCAAAAGAAAUACCGCGGGUGGAAAGGGAGGAAAGAUUUUCUAAUGAUUCGUGAUCGGGUUGUCAAAAUUCAGGCUCAUAUGAGAGGGCAUCAGGUACGGAGGAACUACAACAAGGUUGUCUGGUCUGUAAGCAUCGUUGAGAAGGCCAUACUACGUUGGAGGAGGAAAGGAGUUGGGCUGCGAGGAUUUAAUGCCAAAGAGACGGAGGGGGUGCCAGAAGGCGAGACUGAUGAGUACGAAUUCUUGAUCACCAGUCGUCAACAGAAAUCUGCAGGAGUUGAAAAAGCGCUAGCUAGAGUUACGUCCAUGGUUCGUCACCCUGAGGCUCGCGACCAGUACCUGAGGCUAGUUACGAAAUUCGAGACGCUCAAGGUGAGAGAUGGCAGCAACAGCUAGCGUAAUGCAGAAGGGUGAUUGAAUAGUUUGAUACUGGGAGUAAGUUUAGGAUCAGGUGAUAUGACUGACGGUUAAAAUUAGAAUCAAACGGAAACAACCGCCAAGCACCCAUCAUCUAACAUCAGAAGCUUGGUCAGUAGACUGUAGACUAGUGUUGAUUUUCUGGAAAAGUUAGUUUAUUAGUUAAGUUUUAGUUGUACGUGUUUGACAGAACAGAUGAAUAAAACUGCUUCUUAGUUCUUUUACCGCUGGCCUUUUUAUUAUUUGACUAGCUUUUUUGGAAAUUUUGGAUGAUACAAGUAAAUGUAGCAAACAGUGAAGUAGCAGAAUUAAUCGUCGCCUAGUAAGAUGAACGCUGACUGCGAAGAUCUGUGACGCUGCUCAGAUUCGAGGCAAGCUCAACAUUUGCAGAAGAAUCAAUGAUGCCGCCUUUCAGGAAAUGGGAGUACCAGUGAGCAGAGAGCUUCGGGUAUCGAGGCAAGUCAGGGUCGUCCAAAUCCACGUAAUACAAUCCGAACCCUGUCUGGAAACCACCCAAUAACUCGAACACGUCUAGCAGUGACCAUACGGAGAAACCUUUCACGUUACAUCCG